AUGCUAGCGAAUAUGAACGGGUUCGCUGCUCCGUCACCUACAGCAGUUGGACCACCUCCUUCAUCAAGAAACGUGCCCAGUGUUGCGUGUGGUGCUCCGCCUCCCGCCGAUGUGCAUGAAUGUAGUACAUCACCAACAAACACAACCGCUUCAGACGUCUCCGGAUUGUCGUCAUCUGAUCUUGCUGCGAUAAUCCUUGCCGGACAACAGAAUAUCGCCGUUAAACAGGACUUUCCAGAGACACUGGUGAAACGAGAACUCCCACCAAUGGCGAACCCACUUUUCGGCGUGUCGGAUGCAGCUGCUCUGCUUCAAUUUCUUCAAGCUCAACAAGCAGUUGCACAGGAAGUCAGUUCGUUGCAGUUUCAUGCUCAAGCGCAAGCAGCUGCACAACAGCGAGCUGCUCUUCAUCAGCAACAACAGCAACAGACAACACCACCCGAACGGAAGAGGGGUGAUCCGAUCAGCUAUAUGGAUAAGUAUGCGGCUCAAGUGGACGAAUUUAUGAAGAUGUGCUUUCCAAAUGUUCGCGGUCGAGGACGUCCAAUGCAAGGUCGCUCCUCUCCUCGUUCGCCUACAAGCCCUCAACAGUCAACAGUCAGCCGAAGGAAUAGCCAACAGAAUUCGAAUGUUCGACGGCCAAUGAUGGUUCAUCCACAACAUGACAUGCUAGCACUACAACAACAGCAAGCUCUACUGGCUGCUGCUCAAGGUAUGAGCCCGUUGUCAAUAUUCCCUCAAAUGGUUAACAAUAACAAUAAAUUGACAGCGAACACCUUAGAUGGGAAGAUCGGACGAACUGAUAACAAGUUUCUGAAAAAAAUCAUCUCUACUGGUUUCCACUCACCAAAAUCGUUACAGACAAUAAAAUUGGAAAGCGCCGACUCGUUGGAUAACGGCGUCUCGUCGUCAGGUUCUGCUGAGGAUCUACGAAGUAAAAGAGGACGUUCACUAUCGAAUUUUGUGUUGUCAAUGCGACCACAGACAUCACGACCUGGUGAAUCCGUUCAGCCGAGAUACUUGAAAACAAUUCCAUCCGCUACUGUACUGGAUGACGAACAAGUUAAGGAUACGAUAUUUGAAGCUGUGCCGACCGCUUUAACCGCCGAGGUCGUUGAGUACGUUCGUGACCAGAUUGAAGACGAUAUAGCGCUUCUCAGCGAAGAACAACAUCAACGUGUUACCGAUAUUCUCAGAAAAGUAAACCUGAAAAAAUUCGAAAUCGAAUUCUCUAUACACAGGUGGGACCAACUGUAA